AUGAAAUUGAAGGUUUAUGCCUGGCUUGACUCUUUGGCCGAACUUUACCCGAAGAAUGUGACCACUUUCAUUGCUGGUUACUCCCAUCUUGGGCUUCCACUUAAAGGAAUUAGAAUCCAAUUAAAAGAAAAUGCUACACGAGUAGCUCUUAUAGAUUCAGCAAUUAACGCAAGGGAAUGGAUCACCGUUGCUACGUCAACGUAUAUUGCUAAUGAGUUAUUGACUACCAAAAAUGAGACACUCAAAGCCGCAGCUGCUGAGUUGAUCUGGUACAUCCUACCAAUAAUUAACCCAGAUGGCUAUAAUUAUACUUUCUUUGUGGAUCGAUUGCAUAGAAAAAAUAUGCAAGUAAACGACACUGUUGAUUGUUCUUCAUAUACUGGGAGUAAUGGUAUUGGGACAGAUUUAAAUCGCAAUUUCCCAUACCAAUGGAUGGCAAGCGGCGGUGCCAGCGAUUGGCCCUGCUCUAAACAGUACGCUGGCCCUUAUCCAUUCAGCUCACCCGAAGCCAGAGCCUUUAGGUCUCUCUUGGAAGGAAUAGGCGAAAAUUUACAGUUUUACCUAACGCUUCAUUCUUACGCUCAACUUGUACUUUUUCCGUAUGGACACACAGUAGAUCCUAUAGACAACUACUACGAGCAGGUCAGUAUUUACGAUGACUGGGUAAAAUCUGCGUAUCAAACUAGACUUGUUUUCUGCUACGAAUUAAGAGAUACUGGAACAUAUGGGUUUUUGUUGCCUACUGACCAAAUCAUUCCUACCGCUCAAGAAGCUUUGGCUUCAAUUCCUAACGUGAGGCCCCUGCAAGAGCAAGGCUCCGGGCGGUUGCUUAACUCGCCACCCCCAAAGGCCGCCCCUGGCAUUAGUGCUGAUGUUGAGCGUUUGAUCUACAAGGGUUUUCACAAGAUCGAGCAACAGAAUAGAAUUCCGCUGCGUUGA